CAAUGAAAAUGUAGUAAAGUAAAUUCAAAAAAAAUAAACAAUUAAGAUGCCCAGUUUUCAAAAUUCUAGUGCUUGUAAUAAUUGAACGCAUUGAAUAAUGUUAAAAUGUAAAUCGAUUUAAACAAAGUAAAUUACAGCAUCCGUAACAUGGAUGCAGCGGCGUCUUCUAAAAUCGAUGACGAUUUUAACAAACUACUUGAUAAUUAUUUAAAGAUUGAUACAGACACGUUUUCAACGCGCUCGAAACAAAGAAGAUCAGUAAUAAAGUACACUAAAUUACCAGAUUACGAUUUCAACUCAAACGUGUCAUGGGACAAAGGAACAUACUUUCAGCAGCCAAGAGUACGUCGUAUUAUAACACUUGAAGAUGAAGAAUCAAAGACAAGUAGGUCAUUGAAGCCGGAUACCAUAUCUGUUCAAACAGGCAGAAUGGCAAACAGCAAUUCCAAAAGAAAAAUUGUAACUAUCAGUGAAGAUGAUGAAAAUGAUUUUCAUCCUAGAUUCUUCAAAGAUCGCAAAUCGAACUCUGUCAAAACAUCUAGUCGGUCCGUUGCAACAGAUUUUAAAGAAGAAAAGCAGAAUUCACAGCGAAGCACGUCGAGAUUAUCAACAUCUACAAAAUGUAACAAAGGAACUAAGGCUGGCACCAAAACCACUAAUUUAUACAAUUCUAAGAAAUCGAACACGAAAGAAAAACAAUCUUUCGAUACGACGGAAAGUAAUAUUAAAAUGCGCAAUCUCAAAGACAAAGAUAACGUUUACAAUAAUCGAAGCACGUAUUCGCCCGUUAAAAUUAAUCUCAGUAAAAACAUAGUCGACACGGAUGAGAACAGUAAGGAAUUAGAUAUGGCAAAAACGAACAUCCGCGACAAUCGUAGAGCCGAUAGUUCAGCGAGGAGGGUGAAGACUCACACAGGGAAGACGUCAAUGCAAUCCAACAAAAAUAACGUGAAAAUAUUGAAACAGACGCAAAACAAACCGAUAACUAUAAUUCAUGUACCGUUCGAAGAGAAAUGCGAAACGCGUCGCAACGAACACAAAAACGUUGCUCCUAAACGAAUCCAGAAAACGAACACGGUCGAUUGCGGUACAGAUAUGCGGGAUUUCGUAUAUUUUGAGGACGUUCACAUCAAUACCGAACCCCUUCCGCCCACCGUCGACCGAAUGACGGGCAUGGACGAAUUCGACUGCAGUCCCGUCUACAAAAGCAUGCAAAGCACCGACGCACAGACCGAACUAAUCAAGGCGACGUUCGACAGUCUUGAAAUACCAAACGUCACAUUAACUAAAGAACACAACAAGUACCAGCAAAGUGAAUCGCUACCGAACAUGAAAAUUCCGUCUAUGAAAACGACGUCCGAUCAGGAAGACGAUUCGUUUGUCCGCAAGACCGGUUCCUAUAUAAUAAGUCGUGCCACUUUAACGUAUACGACCAAACAGAAGAUCAACAUUCAAGUCGUCAGCAGUAGCGACGAAGCCGCUUCUGUACCCUCAUCUAGUCCAAUGUCUUACCCUAUGAACGUUAUAUCGGUUUUUAAAAAUGAAAUAAAAAAGAAUAGAGACGCAAUGAAUACAUCACAAUUUAUUACGAAUCACAAUAAUGAAGAAACUAAAGAUAAUGAAGACGAUAAGGAACAUAAAUGUCGCAACGAAAUCAAGUCAUUACAUUACUCGCACGCCUCCGACACCUACAAGUUGAUGAAACCUUCGGAAAUAAUUAGUUCUAUAAAAGUGAACAGUUUGGCGCAGAGCGACUUCAUGUGCGAACAGUUCCAGAGGGAAUUCAACUUCAUUGAUUCAUUUUUUGAAUCCCUACAAUAUUUAGAAAACUGUUCGUUGUCGAAUAAAUGUUUGUCGACGAAUAAAGUUGAAAAUUUGAUUAAAAAUCCGAUUUUAUACGAUUCCGAUUUUGAUAUCAAGGCCACUGAAUAUUUAGAAUUGUUACCGAAAUUCGAAAAUGGCACUAGUCUCGAGAAUGGCCAAACAAUGGCAACGAAGAGCCUUUGUCUGCUCAAUUUACUCAUACGCGAUGAGCAAAGGCGAGCCAGAAAUCUCUUGUAUGUACUUAAGAUGCGCGAAGACGCUCUGAAGGACUUCACAAAAUCGCAAAUAUUAUGGCUAGAGAAUAAGAAGAAACACGAAAACACUGACGUGUCGACGUUAAAGAAGAAACAGCGCGGCGCUCUUUUAAAAUUACAGCACGAAUGUGGGGAAAUGCAUCGUAUGCGUAAAGCACUAUUGACGCUUUCGGAAAAACGUAAAGACGCCCUAAUCAAGACCAAGAAGAACAUUGAACUCAAAUUGAAAAACAACGUAGACGUUGAGCAUCUGAUCGAGAAAAAGAAAUUGAAAAGGAACGGUUCAGAUAGGAACAUUGUUCCGUUGAAGUGCUUCGAUUUGUCUAGUAGUGGGUGCGAGGAGACCUUAACCUCUCGGUCCACUUCCGAAAUCGCAAUCCGCAAUACGGACAUCGCCAAUGUUACGUCUGUUAGCAUUAAAAGUGCAGAAAAAAGUAUACAAACUGGUGACAGUAUUUUAGAAACAUUAAUGACUGCGCCCACUGACGCCGCCGCGGAGAAUUUCGUUGUAGUCGACGGCGGCUACCUUAAUAUAAUUUUCCAUAAUUUAACAUUACCGCAGAUCUUCAGUAAUGGCAAACAGUACGAGGUGAACGAGGAAGCGUUGAGGAACAUAGUAAACUCGUCAAAUCAAAAUCAGUUAAGCGGCAAUGAAGUUGUGAAAAAUUUAAUGGAGCAAAUACAAAAAGGUGAUAUAGAAAUGACUAGCACUCCAUCCACAGCCCGUAGUCUCGUCGAGGAGUUCGAUCAGUAUUACAAGAGUUUUGUAGAAGAGGAGAUACAACUGAACAGGCCCGAACGAGAAUACAAACCCCCAGUUGUUUGCGAAAUUGAGGACAAAUAUGUGCAGGUGUCUCUUCCGAAACUGGCACCUAUCGAGCCUCGCAGUUACCAAAGCGCCUCAACAAUGACCUGUGACAGCAGUGACGACAAUGAUGACAUACUAGAGAAUCUGUGUACUUAUGAUAUGGUUCCAAUAAAUAAACCAGAAUAUCCAGAGCUUGAAGAGACGAUUCCGCAGACUGGUCCUCUACCUGUCCCUGUAGGCGCUUCAUAUGUACCGGAACCUCAAACGCUUGAUAGCACCUCUUGGUCUCAGAUAAAUACUUCUCCAUCGCCUCUUGAACAGUGCAGUAGCAGACAGACAUUUGAUGAUAAUAUAUCAAUGUCAUCAAUGGUGUCACCGGUGCAAUAUGAUAAUAUAUCAAUGUCAUCCAUGGUGUCACCCGUGCAAUAUGAAGCCGAAGAAUUGCGAAGACAGCAGCUAGCUAUAGAGAGAGAAAUAAAGGCAUUAGAACAGGAACAAUGCAGGCUGCUGGUUGUACGAGAAAUACCAGACAAGCCUCCGCCACCGUAUACUCCACCUGCAGAUCCACGAAUUCCGAAACGACCACGUAUGUUCCUCGCUGACGAAAAGACAAACGAAAUAAUAUAUGAACAUAUUAAUCACCCUGCAAGUGCCGCAAUAGAACCCACCGAACCGUUCGACGUAUUCCUCAAAGACUUUUGCGAGGAAACGUGCGAAAGACAUAAACAAGUUCAGAGUGAUAAGCCAUGGGAUGCGUGCAAUUUAUUACCACAAAAACCUCAGAUCGUCGGAGAUAAAUUACUUAAGGAAAUUUCUAUGGAGUUAACUGAAGUUUUGAGCGGUGUCAAGCCCACCGUAGUCUCAGGUGUAGCAGGUCGCCGUUCUGACCAUAUUGAUGAUAUAUUGUUUGCGGAGUGGCGCCGCUGCGAGCCUGAAUGGACUUCGCUACACACAGACGAAGCGACCGUCAAAAAUCAAAUCUUCGAAAGCAUUUUCCAGAGAAUCUUAACCGAAACGAUAGACGAGUAUAAAAAGACUGUGAUGUGUGACAGUAAACCUGACCACAAUACCUAAACUACGUUACAUUACAAUUUUUAAAAUAGUA